GGCUAAGUUGAGCGCAGUCUGUCAUUUGCGCUACCGUUAAAUGGAGGAGCGGCCCUCUGUAGGGGCGGUUGAACCACAUCCCGGCGAUGGAGCAGAGCGUGGGGCAGGUCGCUCGCAGUUACCGGUGAACAAUGAUCAGAGGCGUCGCCACCUCCAGGACGAGGAAACGCAGAAGAAGAAAACAGAAAAUGGAAAAAUAAAUGCAUCUAUAGUUGAGGGAGAGGAAAUUCCCACAUCCCUUAACCCAAGCAGUUACUCUUUCAGUCAAAAUGGUGGCAGACACCUACUAGGAACCAACCUGCAACUGAAACCUUCUGGACAGUCCUUAAAUGCUGCCCUGAAGGGGGAAGGGAAAGGCAAUAACACGAGCAGAAACAACAUGGACUACAAAAAUGACAAGCCCUCGGAACUGAUCACACAUGAGGGCAAAAAGGAGGCGUUGGCUUCACUAAACGGCAUAGUGGCGCUCAACUGCGGCUCACUUACCAACGGCUAUCCCGGCAAGCUUGGCACAGAAGAUGGCAGCGGCUCCGAAAGCGGUUACACCACUCCAAAGAAGCGUCGGGCCCAGCGGAACGGCAAGGCCACGGACCACGUGAACAUUUCUCUCCAGGGGAAGGCCAUGCAGCAGGCUAACAAGCCGGAUCCGGAGCCCACAGCUUCGGAACUAGCAGACAGGACGCCGGGGCCGCAGGCGGAGCCCGGCCGAGCCGCGUCGAAAGCAGACGGCCAUCCCGGUGUCCCCACAAAAGCCAGAGAGGUGCCCGCAAACCCAGUCAUGCCAUCCACGUCUGAGGUUCAGCAUAAAAACUCUGACAGCAAAGUGUCCAGCAAGAAAUUUGAGGAUAAGCCCAGCAAGGUGAAGGUGGUCGCAUCCACCAAAGAGGACUCAUGGACUUUGUUCAAGCCUCCGCCUGUGUUUCCCGUGGACAACAGUAGCGCUAAAAUAGUGCCUAAGAUCAGUUAUGCAAGCAAAGUGAAGGAGAACCUCAAUAAGACAGCCCAAGCUGGCGGAGAGGCUCUCUCUACAGCUCCCCAGGUGCCUGGGAGACCAUCGCAGGUCCCCAUGUCUGCAGUGAAGACCAUCACCUCGGCUAGCUUUACCAACGGUCCUCUGGCAGGGGAGGGCAAUGGCUGCCCCCUGCCAGGUCCCCAUUUCAGCUCGGUGGGAAGCUCGACGUCCGGGCUGACCUCCUCCACUGCUGGCGCUGACAACGUAGCAUCCCCCUCUGGCAACAGCACUGCCGUCACCCCCUCCGUGGCUGAGCCCAGGAAGCCUAGCCUGUUUGUUUACCCCCACUCGCCAUCCAAUAUGCAACUCUCUCUCCCCAGUGGUCGCCAGGCAGACCCUCCUGCCUCCACAACCAAUCAGAAGUCUCUGGGGGACAUUUUUCAGAACCAGUGGGGGUUGUCUUUUAUCAAUGAGCCCAGUGCCGGCCCGGAAGGCCUGGCAUGCUUCCCCACCCCGAAGGACAAACCCGUGGAGGUGAGCUUUCAAGGAGGCUGCCCCACCACGGCAACCGUGUCCCCUUCUGGCACCUCCCAGAUGCUGGCGCAGCCACCUUUCCCCAAGGCUUACGAGCUGGAUAAACGGACUAGUGCUCAGACCUUGAGUAAAGGCAUAAGCCCCGCCCAACCUGCUGCCAACAGCCCCACCCCGGAAGCCUCCCCCCAGGCCUGCAGUCUCGCACUGGACUCCCAGAGCGACGGCGCUGGGCUUCCUGGUGCAUUGGUGUUUUGCCCUUCUUCCUCUAAGGAUAUUGGCACUGAGCUGACUCACAUCUCCCUGGCUGCACCCAAGCUGACUUUGGGCAAAGAGCAGGGCCACUCGAAGGGCUUCGAGCGCAGGGCCAGCUGGGGCUUAUUUGAUCUAAAAGCUGCUGUAGUUUAUCACACUAAAGAAAUGGAAUAUAUUUUGAAUUUGCAAAAACACGAUCCAACUCGUGUAGUUCUCUACAGUGAGUCUAAGAAUGGUCCUGACCAGUGAGGCAGUGACUGGACUGUGCUUCCUCAGCCGGGCUCUGCUAAAAAGGUGCGCUGCGUGCACCGUGGCCGCUGCUGGACUUCCUGGAACAGAACAAACCCACUCUAGAGAUGGACAUUAAAAUAAAAUAAAUAAAACACACAAAACACAAGGACUUUGCCAGCAGUUGAGACUGAGUGCAGGAGAGAGGUGGAGGUUUGGAGACACGGGUUGGCUUGAUUAGAAUGGGGACUGAAGAACUGAAACCUGGCAGCUCUCCUCUGAAGCUGUGUAGCGAAUGCUUUUUGCCGAAGACAAUUCAAGUGACUCUAGAGCUCUUAGAUUCGGCCUUGUCCCGGCAUCGAGCAACGGUUUUUCGUUGGAAGUGCUCUGGACGUGGGGGUGGCUAGCUUCGUCCUGCUGGUUGCCGAAGAACAGGAAGCACCUCGCAAUGCCUCCACGGUUUCCGCUGCGAAUUCAACAGUCACAUGGACAAAGUGUGUUCUUUGUGUUUGUGCACACUGAAUUCAUAUGGACUCUACCAAGAUGUAGGCAUGGAAAAAUGCUGCCCUCUGGUGAAUGGGUGGAGUGCAGUUGUCUGUGGUCAGACAAAACAAAUGGCUAUUUAAUUUUCAGGGGACAUAAAACCAUUUAAGUCAAGGGGGAAGAUAGCCUUGGGAUAAUUGUCUUAAUCUCUUUGAGUUUGGAUCAAUCAUCUGGUUACGUUUCCAGUUUUUUCCCCCACAUUACAUUUUCUUUUCAGUGAAACACUUAAAACAGACAUUGAAAUCCUGAGGCAGGUUAUAGGGUACACUUAAACUUGGAGUCUGUUCUCAUUUAAGUGCAAACUGCUCUCUGUGUGUCUCCUCUGGAAGAUUAGCAAGCGCUGUUGUUCAGUAGUCUUAUUGUUGUCGUUUUUCACCAACCUGCCAUCUGACAACUGUUUGUGUCUCGUGCUGCCUGUGUACACUGAUGGCAGAGAUGAAGCUAUAGCCUAACCUUUUACCGUAUAUCAUUUUAUGUUUGCAAUUUUAUAUUAACUGUUAGAUCCCAGAGGACUAAUAAAUAAGAUGAACUUGGUUAUAAUUGCUUCAAUUCCAAUGCUAACUGGCGCAGCAGUAAUAUUUUUACUUCAUUGCAGCAUUUCGCGCAGAUUUGUUUGUUUGUUUUUUCCUUAAUCCCACUUGCUCUCUUUGGUGUACUUUUGCACAGGCGAAACGGAUUCUGCUGUUGUGUCAGGGUGUUCACUAGGGCUAGGCCAAGGUUUAGUGUGACGAGCAGCCACUCAACACGAUCUGGCCAUUUUAUUUCACGCGACUGAAGAGUAAACCUAGCUUUUUGCAUUUUACACCACAUUCACGCGCUCACAUUUUAUGGGUCCUUGUGUGCUUGUUGAAGUUGAGGCAAGUGUUCAGACUUUCUGCCCUUAUGUAGCCUGAAGGUGGUGUUUGUUUGUUUUUUUCUUUUUUUGGUUCUUCUUCUCUUUCUUUAUCUCCUCCCUUUCUGUGUCAGGAAGCAAAUACUAAGAUUAACCUUUUUCUCUUAUCUCAUCACAAGUUAAUUGGUUCAAACACACACAAAAAAUGAGUAGCACUUUAUGUAUUAUUUUAAAUUGUAUUAUCUUGAAUGUUGACAUAUCAGUGCAUAAUUGAGUUAUAGUAAUUAUGAAUAGGCUACUAACUAACUUCUUAAAAAAAAAACAAAAAAAAAA